UUUGCAUACAUAUGUUACUGGGAUAUAUACAUAUGGCUCCGACUCUCAACUCUACAAGACAGUGACCACCCAACACCCCACAACAACAGCGCUAUAAUAUUGGGGUGUGGUUACAUGCAACCUACUAAAACGUACACAUAUCAAAUUCUUAAGCACCAAGAAUGAAUGCAUGACUACAUCAAUCUUUUAACAGAUAUGGUAAGUUUUAGGGGUCACAAGCACCAUCGUCUUCAUCCCUUGUAUAUAUUCACUAACAGUCACCAUGGGCUGAGAGAGAAGAGAAGAUCGAGAGGGAUAUAGCAAAAUGGAGGUAUGGAGAGGCUUGCUGGCGCUUUCGGGUUUGUUUUUGAUGAUGAUUGAUAUGCAAGGGAGGGCAUCAGAAGCACGUUUAGUAGAAAACUUCUAUAGCUCUGGUUGUCCAAAUGUGGAGUCCAUAGUGAAGCAGGCAGUCUUUAAUAAACUCAGCCAAAGCUCAACAAUUCCGGGUACUCUGCGACUGUUUUUCCAUGACUGCUUCAUUGAGGGAUGCGAUGCCUCGAUAAUGAUUGCUUCACCAAAUGGGGAUGCAGAGAAGGAUUAUUCAGAUAAUCUUUCUUUAGCCGGAGAUGGAUUUGACACCGUAAUCAAGGCUAAGGAGGCAGUUGAAUCACAAUGCCCUGGUGUCGUCUCUUGUGCUGACAUUCUGGCGCUUGCUGCCCGAGAUGUUGUAGUCCUAGCUGGAGGCCCUGCAUUUAACGUAGAAUUGGGGCGUGGAGAUGAACUUGUCUCAAAAGCCUCUCGGGUCCCUGGAAAGUUGCCUGAACCAUCUUUCAAUCUGAAGCAACUCAAUACCAUGUUUGCCAAACACAACCUUUCCCAAACUGAUGUUAUUGCACUGUCUGGAGAACAUACACUAGGCUUCUCGCACUGCAGCCGCUUUGCAAGUCGUUUGUACUCAUUUUCAAACUCCUCCGGGAAAGACUGUACUACUUUCAAUCAUGAUCAUGUCGAUAGAUAACGGGAAUCCAUCUUCUUUCUUCUUUUUCUUUUGAUGCUGGAAUGAAUAAUUCUGGAAAUAAUGUACUGGCCAAAAGCACACACUUCGUAUAGUAGAAAUGAUCAUAUAAUAGUGUCUUCAAAGAAGAAUUCAUCUCCCACAAAUAUGUUCUGAUCACACCCACAGUCAUGUUCAUGAUACAAAACAAAAGGCUAUUAACUCCAGUACUCUUAAAAUACCAAGUCAACAGUCAACAGUCAGCAUGAACUGUCUUCAAGACUUAAAAGC